UAUUAACGUAUUCAAAGACCAUUAGAAUACGAAUAACGUCGAACAUAAUGUUUAUUGCACUACUCAUAUUAGCCGUCUCUUUUGUAGAAGGCGAUGCUAAAAAACUACUCUGCGGACCAAACAUAUUUAGUCUUACUAAAUACGAUCCAGAGACACACAUUUGCCGUGAUUAUGUGGUGAUUCCAAAAACGGACUCAAACUCUUUAGUCAACGGAGAUGAAUCCAAACUAUAUAACACCGCUACCCUAGUAUUGAACGGCCGACACUCACACACUCGCGUGCCUGAAAAUCUCCCCAAACACUCCACUACUUCUCUCAUCACUACGGAAUCAAAGACAUUGCUCUGUGAAAAUUUAGUAAAGUACGAUACCAAAACACACACAUGCCAAAAUGGUAAAAUAGUAAUGAUAAGAUCAAAGACUCGCGUGCCUGCAAAUCUCCCAAAACACUCCACUACUUCUCUCACCACUACGGAAUCAAAGACAUUGCUCUGUGGAGAUUUAGUAAAGUACGAUACCAAAACACACAAAUGCCAAAAUGGUAAACUAGUAAUGAUAAGAUCAAAGACUCGCGUGCCUGGAAAUCUCCCAAAACACUCCACUACUUCUCUCGCUACUACGAAAUCAAAGCCAUUGCUCUGUGGAGAUUUAGUAAAGUACGAUACCAAAACACACAAAUGCCAAAAUGGUAAAAUAGUAAUGAUAAGAUCAAGGACUCGCGUGCCUGGAAAUCUCCCAAAACACUCCACUACUUUUCCCACCACUACGGAAUCAAAGAUAUUGCUCUGUGGAGAUUUAGUAAAGUACGAUACCAAAACACACAAAUGCCAAAAUGGUAAAAUAGUAAUGAUAAGAUCAAGGACUCGCGUGCCUGGAAAUCUCCCAAAACACUCCACUACUUCUCUCGCUACUACGGAAUCAAAGCCAUUGCUCUGUGGAGAUUUAGUAAAGUACGAUACCAAAACACACACAUGUGAAGAUGGCAAAGUAGUAAUGAUAAGAUCCACGAUAAAUCCUACAACUAGAAAGCCAAUAACAAUGUUGCAGGAAAAGUCGAGAACGACAAGAAAGGAAAUAUCAGAAAAAACAUCCGUCGGUCAAAACAGUAUCGAAAGGUCAUGCAGCUGUUCUGGGGUAAAUGUCUACCCAAGAAGAAAUUCAGCAGCGCCGUGUCAACAUUCGUCUAGAAACGAUGCUUUUCUGAGUGGCAAACUUCGAAAAAUGAAGCUAUUGGGGUCGAUGAUAUGUGAUGAAAAUAACAUGUUUGCUUAUCGUCUGAGAAUUAGUGGGCCACACAGCGGAAAAAACAAAGAGAGAACUGCUAAGGUAACCCAGUACAAACGGCGAACGGAUAUGAACACCGGCCGAAGGUAUUUCGUACGAAUGCCAACAGUGUUCGGCAUUAAAAUUCCAUUGGACAAAUACAGCCCUUCCAGACUACGGAGAAAAGGGUUCCUAAUCGUGUCGAACUACCGGUGCUUAAACGACAGAAUCUUCUUCCUUUGUCACAGAGAUGCUGUGUUCAACGCUCCAAAGGUGAAGAGAAUGCUUCUAAAGAAGUUACGAAAGGUUCAAGCGAAUUGCACGAAACAAUAAAAAGAAUAUCUCAGGCUGUCAACAAAGUCUUACUUUCCUGCAUAUUCCAAUUGUUGAAAUUAUUUAUGUCUAGAAUAUUUGAAUUUUUUUUAGUUAGGUCUUAUAAUUUGUCUUUAAUGGGAAAUGGCAAAUUUUCUAUGUUUGUUGCUCUUUUAACUUGCGUCACUAAUAAUCGUACUAAAUCCUUUAGUUAAUUACAAACCAAUCCUUUUUUCUAGACACCUUAAGAAUAAAGUGUCUGUAUAAGAAAAGGAAAAAACGAUACACAAACAGUGUAUUCUUUUAAUUUUCUGUUUUCUUGGGGAAAAUCUCAAAAUUGAGAAAGUUGAAGGGUUGACAGCCUGUGUUCGGUACUAUUUGAUCUUGCGGCCAGCAAGGACAGUUUUCAGUGCGAACAAAGCGGCCCGGUACAUGGAUAUUCGAACUGCACAGAUGGAAUUCCUGUGCGAGUCCAGUGCUUUCCAUUCUGCGUCCGACAGAAUCCCGGAACAAAUGCAGGUUCCACCAUACAUGGUACUGUUAAACAUGGCAAUUAGCCCAACAAAAACAAAAGAAUGUAUGCUACAACAAGAUGUCGUGGGAAGCAUUUCUGCACUAGUAUGCAAGAUAGUUUUCAAAGAAAUGACGUUUUAACAAUUAAUAGAAUUAAUGAGGUUUUCCAAACAUUACGAAGACUAAUUGUCUCAUUUCCUAUUUUAUUUCUAAAUUUACAUUGUUCUUAAAUCCCACAUACAUCUAAUAUUAUCUAACUAGGUCUCACAAACAGAUUUUCGGAAUGGUCUCUUAUUCAACACCAUCCCAAAAAGGUAUUUAACCAAAUUCCACAGGAUACUGUCAUUCAAGUACAAAUAAAAUUCUGAUAAUAGUAUCUGAGAUAUACUUUAGGCCGAAAUAUAUAUGCCAGAUAGUGAAAAAAAUCCCUUUUGUUCUUGUAAUUUCUGAUGGUGGUUGGCAAAAGAGUUCUUGUACAGAUAUAGUCAGCAGUACUGCCAACCACAGCAAAGCUUACUAAUAACUAUUUUGCCAACCACCAUCAGAAAUUACUACAUCAAAAGGGUUUUUUCACUACACAAUUGUCCACAGCCAAAAUAAUAAAUUCCAAAUCACGCCUGCGAUCUGAAAAGAUGAUAAGCAAACAUUUCAUUUGUCCGGCCUUUGUAACUAUAUAUCAGCCACAUAGUACAUAGUAUAUCAUGGUAUGAUAGAACAUAGACAUACGAUGAAAAGAAAUGAGUGGUUCGUAAAUGCUUCAUAGUAAAUUUGCAUGGUUCGAAUGGCUGUGGAACGACAAGAGCAAGGUGUUACAGAAAUGUAAAUAAUUGUUGUUGAUAAAUAUGAUAAUAAUAGAAGAGGAGGCUGCAACGCAUGUGUGAUUAGUGUGUAAUUAGAAUGUUUUAUAUGUUUGUAACAUUUGUAUUUUAUAUAUCCAAUAAAAAGAACAUAAAAUU